CUUGGUUUCAAGAAAAUUUAGAAAAUACUGCAGCACAUGAAUAUAAAUAUGCAGAUUUUCCAUUUCAUUAUACUUGGAAUAAAACUCAAUAUAAAUGGAAUCCUCGAAAAUCUGCAACAGGAGCUAUUGGAAGGCUUUAUAUAGUUCAACCUUCAGAAGGAGAAAGAUACUAUUUACGAAUUUUGCUAAGUCAUAUCAAAGGUGCAACCAGUUUUAAUAACUUAAAAACUAUUAAUGGAUAUAUAUGUAAAACCUUUAAAGAAGCCUGUAUUCAUUUAGAUCUUCUGCAGAAUGUUAAUGAAUGA